AAUAUUUUAUUGUUCAUUGGUAUAUAAAUAUAUGUGAACCUUAUUUUUCGUUAUAACAGUACACGUCCACAUAUUUUUUAGCCUUACCAAGAAAGUAGUUUCGGUUGAGUUCAAUUCACUUCCGUACGCUAUCUCAACAUUUCAGCUAAUAUAAACUGUAAACAAACGUCUUAUUUCAAUAAAAUGAUGAGGUGAUUGAUAAUAUAUUUUCAUCAACCAUAUCUAGGCCUAGAUCUGCAAUGUCAGGUAGUAUGCACAUAAGGCCUGUACAAGAGCCAAUACUGUCAGUGCCUAGGUCAACAUCAACACAUACUGGAUCUUCACUGAAAGAACUUAAUUCAGCAUGGGAAAGUGUUGAUAGGGCCAAACAUGCUCUUGAAAGAGCAGAAGCAAGGCUCCAUGAGGCCGAGGGUCCUUAUGGAAUCCUUACCCCAAUGGACACCACCACAAUGACAGACAGGUCAGACACAAGGGUCCCAGUGGAUAGGGUACCAACAUGGAAACUACACUCACCCCCUCCACUACAGAACACUGUAGCUGACAGGUAUAGUGGUAGAAACAAAAACAAGAGAGUAACUAUACAAGAAGAUUCAACAACUUGUGUCAGAGAUAGGCUAAAGCUUGGUCUUAGUAAUGGCUACUAUCGCAGUCCACAUACCUCACCGUCAGGUAGUCGAUCACCAGUUGGGGAACGGUCCUUUCUGCAUCAGAACAAUUCUGGGACAACAGGUCAGAGUUUCACCACAAUUGAGACACCUACAAAGAUGCACUACCUAAACGAGCCUGUUCCUCCACACUCAGUAGGUUAUACUUCAGCUUACGAUAAACUGUAUGGUCCUCGGAAAAGGGACUUUCAUGUGCAAAAUGGCAGUCUAGGAAAGCUUAGGUCAAGAAUAGAAGAGCAAAAGCAGGAAAUUUUGAAUGGAAGUAGGACUAAAGAUUAUAUUGCACCAAGGCGCUAUCAUCAAGAUCAGGACCCUGUGCUUACAUCUGAUAAUUUAAACUAUGAUUGGCCUAAGAAUGAAACCACUAGGUUGACAGUUAGAAAGGUGGCAGCAGCUCCCCCUGCCCCGGUCUAUAAGGGAUUCAGUUCGGCGGAAACCAGAUAUGCACUUCCAGAUGGACGUAUUGUGAGUGGAAGACAUGAUUCUGUCAGGAAUAGGAGCCCAGACAGGAAAAGGGCAAUUAAAACAACUAGAACAUCUGAAAUUAAAAACAAAGGAAAUGUGGAAAAGCACAGAAAGGUUAAUGAAAUGGAAAGUGACAUAUAUCGAAAAACUGUAGCAGGCGCCCCUGCCAUUAUGGUACGCAAACGUGCACACAACCCGAACAAACCUAACAAAAAAACUGUUCGUAAGGUGCAUCAGUUUAAAGGGGACAAAAAGCCAUUAAACCCAGAAAAGCAUGGUACUGUGUCGGUAAAUGCAUGGCGUAACAGUCAUAAAACUGCAAUUAAAGUCCUUGGACCUGCUCCUAAAUUAAGAAAGGUCAGUGACCCACAGCCUGCUUUGGACCCAAAGAAAGAAUACCCACAAACUCAAUAUACUAAAAAAGAUCAGGAUAUCGAGGAUGCCAACAUAUCAGACCACCCAAUUGAGUCUGAUGAUGAUAAAGAUCGUUUAAGUAAUCCUGAUGGUGCGUCGCAUUUACCAGCGGAUGCCAAAGGUGUUUUGAAUGAUCUCCACUUGGAGUCUGAUGAAGAAGAAAAUAGUAAAUCUAAUGAUGCCAUAAAACAUACCUCACCAUCUUAUUCACAAAAAGCACGCAAAUGUCGCAAGUCAAAAACGUCACAAAACAAACCUAUUAAUCAUUACGAUGUUCCAAAGGUGCGUAGUUAUGACUCUAAUGAAGUACGGCGGUAUAUGGCGAAACAGAAAGCGGAGAGAAAAAAACGAGAAAAGGAAGAGAAGGAGCAGAAAAAUUUGGCCGAAAAGAAGAAACAAGAGCAACUAGAUGCGCUGUUCAGGAAACAACAAGAAAGUUGCAAAUCUAAAGUUGUCAGUGGACGUGUGCUACAACCAAGGCUAGAUCAGACUUUCCUCAAAGAAACUAAACCCAGUCAUACUCAGAUUGUUGCUGAGAUGAGUGGAUCAGACAAGGAAAAUAAACAAGCUUGGAGUCCUUCAAGCAGUAGUGACACGCAACCUUCAUUUUCUGGGUUGAAAAGACUUGAUCUGCUUGGUAUUGUUACAAGUGAUGAUACAAAGCCUAGCGAACAACCAUUAAUCAUCAACAGCCAUCCAUCCAGUUUCUCAUUCUUCUCUCAAGCCAAGUACCCUGCUUCUAGCAAGGCUAUGGAUGUACCAGCAAGUGGACCUGGGACUACUUACACCCACAAUGAGAGAAGCAAACCUACAAGUCGUUCAAUGCGUAUAGAAUCGCUAAGAGCAACUGCAGCUGCCCUACAAGGCAGGUUGGAGAACGAGACUCGUCGUUUCACAUCACAGUGGAGCAGUGCAGACAACAAUGAAAACUCAUCACGGUGGGCCUACCCAACUGGUGUUACUACUCGCCCUGUAAACACUAGCAUAGCCUCAACAGUAGGCUCUACUACAGAAUAUAAACCACACUUUGCUAGCCCUGUACAAGACUGGCGUGCAAAGACUAAGCCUGUUAUGGGUGCAAGUACAGCUUCAAGAAAGUUGGACUUUGAUGAUGGCAUUAGUCAUAGAACAAUGUAUAAAGAUUGGGCUCCCGCCUCAACUUACUCUUACACAUCUGCCUUGCAGUCGGAUGGGAAAUCACAAUUUGCCGAAACUAGUGAUAAUGACUGGAGGACAAGGCAUGAAAAAAUUGUUGGGGAGGGAUAUCGUAGUGAAUUCUCUGGUGAUCUGCCUGGAAUGUCAAACCUAACGACAGGAGCAAGAAAGGCUGAGCAGUUUUCACUACAAACUGAUGCGGCAACUCGGAUACAAGCAGUUUACCGAGGCCAUUCUGUACGGCAGAAGCUCGGCUCUUGGUUGUCUCAUGACAAAGAGUUGGAAGACUUCAAUGAUGACGACAUAGGUAUUGAUGAUGAGGAAGAUGAUGAGCCAUCUGAAUACCAGGAUCUUCCAAGCGCUAAAGUGUAUCGUUCAGAAUUCCUGGGUAGGGAGAAUUCAAAGGACAAGAGCCCUUCACAAUUGCACAGAGAUUAUCGAAGUUGGAGAGACCACCACAGUGGAAAUGGAACACCAGUUUCCAAAGAAACUGGUUUGUACACUGGAACACAGAGUCCAUCUGAUGGACAGUACCAUACAUACACAUCAAGACCACGUACGCUAGGACACAGCUCACUAAAGAUCCCUGAUGACGGUCACAGUGUGAUUGACAUCUAUACACGCCACCUACAGGCUCUCAGACAGGACAACCAUUUAGCAUAUUUGUCACAUAAAUCACCAGUCUAUGAUGAAGACUUUAAAAAGUUACCUCUCAAAUCGCCAGUCUACGAAGAUGAUUUCACAAACGAGAGUCUAUCACACAUCUCACACUCUCUAAAGAGAGAAAAGUCUGGAAGUGCAGGCUUACCUGUAUCAAAGGGCUCACCUGGUACAAGAACUGACAGUCAGAUAAGUGAUUUGUUUAGCAGCUCCAUCAGUACAGGUCCUAAGCCUACUUCAGUGGUAUCGGAUGCUGCUCCCUCCUACACUAGCCCGACUCCAUCAUCAGGCCUUGACAAAUCAUUAGAAGGCAAGCGCAGUGAUGAGGAUUAUCGCACUCCACGGUCUUCCAAAGGAAGCCCAGCAUCAACUUUAUCUCGAACUUCAAAGUCAUCUCCUCACUCGUCAGCAGGCAGCUCACCCAGACUACCCGACCAGUACAUUGACCCAGUAACAGUGGAGCGCCCUCAACCGAGUGGUCAAGCAGGGAAGGACAGUCAAAUCCCAAAUACACAGCCUGUUGAUGUCAGCGACUACUCUCAACAAUCUAAGAGUGUGUCCAGUACAGCAAACAUCAAGAAAUCUGACCCUGUGCAGUCUUUGUUGAUGGGUGAAACAAACAGUAAAAAAGGGAUGUCGCAUCCAGUCAUAAAUCAAGCAGCACCCAGUAGCUAUCAGCCUGGUGUUACUCAGGCGGAUUUACCAAACAGACCACGAGAGCAUCAGUUUGAUAGGUGGUACCCCUCUACUCUGCCUUCAAGUCAGCGUUACUUCUCUCCAUCAGCCCUUGAAAUUAAGAUGGCUGCUGAAUUAAAUCGCUUAGAUUCAGUUGAUGAAUCUGUUCGAAAAUUAACAGAAUUUGAGCAGACAAGAGCGAUUUCUCUUGCCCAGCAGGAGUCAGUGUCCAUUGCGCAGAUCUUGAAGGCCCGACAGCAAGGUCAUGAACGAGAACUUCACAUUCUCUCUACCAAAGCACGCCAAGAAGUGGAUGAUGCCCAUCGACAGUUGGAACAACUGAAGCAACAAGCGAGAGAAACUGCGUUGACUGCUGAAAAAACUCUUGCCCAGACAAGGAAAGAUGCUACAGAUGCAAUUCAGCAGUCCACAAAUCAAGUCCUGAAAUCGCAAGCUGAAGCUGCCAAAGCUACUGCUGAAGCUGCUAAGCAACUGGCUGAGGCUCGUCAUGCAACUCUAGAUCACUCCAUCCACCUUCGUGACUAUGACAUGGGCCAGAUGGCAUCACAGACAGCCUCUGCUGCUGCCGCAGCUGCAGUCAAUGCUGCAAUGGAACAUCAACGUUCACAUCAGGAGAUGUGGAUGGAUCACAUUAAGUCUACUAUUCCAGAGGCUAAAUCUGCCACAAGAAGUCCAACAAGUGAAUCCAGCAGACAUAAGAUGAGUUCUGAUUACAGUGAUGAUUUUACCAGUUUUGCAAGUGAUAAAGAACCACACAAAAGCAGUAAAGCAAGCGCUGCUGAUGCCGUCAAGUCCAACUCCUCGGGGGAUAUUUCAGAAGAUCUUCUGACUAUAAAGAAUGCUUCAUCAUCAAUUGCCACAGAACCAGGCGUUGAUGCACAUGCAUCAACUAAAAGUCGGAGCAUUGUGGAAGAGAUUCCCGAGAGCUAUUCUGAAGACUUUGAUCGUACAAUCAGUGAGGUUGAUACAUUAGAUGAAGACCGGUCAGAUAAUUCAAAAGAAGAAAUCAUCUCAGAAAAACCAGAGAAAGAAAUUGUUGCUUCUGAAGACAAAAGAAAGAGUCCACCAACAACUAAACAGUCACCUGACAGAGAAAGUCUGAACAGACUCUCGACCAAGCUUCUCAGUCAACAAUUAAAAGAUGAGGAAUUUAGAGCACAGCAGCAGUUAGAUCUUCUGAGAUUACGAGAGAAGGCCAUCAAGGAGAAGACACGUGCAGAGAUGGCAUGGCUUGAGCAUCAGAAGAAAAAACAUACCGAGAACCAGGACGAAGAGGGAAUAACUUCUGUGAAGAAAAAGCAGCGCUCUCUUAAUUCCCGUCUGCAGACAGAGCUUUCUGAAAUAAAACGUUUGCAAAAAGCUCAGGAGAUUGCUCAGAAAGACAGGCAGCUUCUUUUCUACCAGCAACAGGAGAUUUUACGGAUACGUCAAUCAACCGAAGAGUUCAAAGGUCGUAUGGGUGAUAUUUCAUUCAGUUCUGUGUCUGAGAUUUCUUCAAAUGAGGGACUUGUUGAUGAUGCAAGUAAUAUAGCCAUAGAUACAUCAAUUGGAUUAGAGUUUACAGGUCUGUCCAAUACUGGUGGUGAGAAUGAAGACAGAGAGGUUGCAGCUCAUAAGCAAGCUAAAGUUUUACAGAAACUGAAGUUGAUGCAAGCUCCACUUAACUCAAGACAUUUAAUGAAGAGACAGCAGAAGUUGAGCAGAAGAAGAAAGACUGCUGAAGAGCUCUUAGCAUGGAAGCAAAAACUUGAUGAAGAAGAAGCAAAGGUAGUUAAGAUGGAAAAACAAGCGCUCAACCUACUCGACGGAAAUGCCAUUGGCAGCAACAAAAGCAAGAAGGAGAAAACGCCCCAAGAAUCAAAGCUUACAGACCCAUUGUCACGCAGCCUGUCUCGUGAGAGUGACACAACCAUUGGCGAGGUGGUGGAGGAGGAGGAUAAAGCUGGUGAGAGUUCCAUUGCUGAGGAGAUUAGCCAAGCCAGCAGCAUCGUAGAAGAUGUUGUCACUGACCGUGGCACAAGUAAACAAAGUGGUACAAUGAGUUCAGUACCCAGUGAGAUGUCAAUAGAUGACGCCCUCUAUCACAGCUCCAUGGCUGAUUACAGCCAUGAUCAAUUUGACACAGCAUCUGCUGAUACUUCUGUCACAUCAACAAAACCAAACAGUACUAGGAAGGGGGUUAUCAAGUCUCCCAUUGGUUCUUUGAUUUCACUUGAAUCAUUAAGGUCACCUGUGGCCCCUUGGAAACGAAGAGAAUCUGAGAGUGGGUCCGAGUCAGAAAGGUCGUUCUCGCAGACAAUGUCAGAAACUGCAUCAGAUCAAAGUGAUGUUGAGGGAAGGCUCAGAGCACUAAAUGACCAGCUGAAGCGUCGUAAAUCUGAGGCUGAACGACUCCGCAAGCAGCAAAAGCGGAUGUACCGUGAGAAAUUGAAAGUUCAAGAGGCUAGUUUACGGAAACAAUUAGAGGCCUAUGAAAAGUUCAUAGAAAAAACGAAGAAAGAAUUAAGUGCUGAUGCAGAGCUAGCCAAAGGAGCCGUCAAGCCUCAGAUCAAGCAGCCGGGACAUGGUAAAGACCGUGCAUUACCUGGCCUAACCAGACAGCGCACAAAGUCUGAAAGUAGUAGGGAGAGCCUCCCUCUUGAUAGCACACCAGUCAGGCAUGGUCGGGAGUCUGAGAGUAGCCAUUCAAGCCUUGAAGAAGACCAUAGUCCAAAUCCACCAGCUACACCAUCUCCAACAACAUCAAAUAAAGGGUUAGGAUUAACAUUUACUCCUAGUCCAAAGCAAGAUGAAUAUGUCAUUAAUAAAAAAUCGGAACAUCUACCAUCAGGCAUACUACAGAAAUAUGAAGACAGAGAUAAACCUGUGGAAAAAGAGCUAAUCUUGACUCCAGAAAAAACAGCUGAAAACAUCAUUGUCAGGAAUAAUGAAGAAAGUGACACCGAAAUCAAUGAAGAAAUAGACGAGAAUAUUUCAGAAGCAAUUUCAUCUCAAGCUUCAGAUAAUGCUGUCAUUUCAACAGGUGUUGAGAAAGAUGAAGCUCAGAAAUCCCUUGCAAGGAAAGAUAACUUUAAUGAUGAAGUUGAAUCUCUUCUAUCAGAAAAUGAAGGCCUAGAUAUGAAUAUUUCUGUACUGUCAGAAUCACAUAAAAGUCUGAGUGUGGACUCAAGUAAUCAUAUUAGUGCAGCUUCAUAUAAAAUUCCAAGCAUCGGCUCAAAUAAAAUUGCUGAUUACAGUGUAGACUUUGAGUCAGAAGUUAAGGCUGCAUCAACAGAAGAAGACAUCAGUGAACACUUAAGCUUUUCUAGUGACAUUGUAGAUGAGCAACCUGAAUUUCCAAAAGAGAUUAUUAUCAGUCCAAAUGAUGACCAACCAAAGGUUGUGACUACUGAAAGGUUAAGUCAGUCAGAAGACAGAAGACCUGUGAGACAAUCAUCAGCUUCAGAAUCAGAAACAAGCUUCGCUGAAGAGGUACAGAGUGAAGCAAGUGAAGCAACUGUUACAGAAGAUCAGCCAAGAGAUGAAGUCUACACUCCUGUCGUAGAUAAACUAGAGCCAUCAGCAAAGGGACCAUCAGAUUCAGGAAUAUUAGAAGAGGCAGAGUUGAGUCGUGCGGACACAACGGAAUCAAAUUCAAGACUGGAUAAUCCUCAAGAUAACACAGAGGAUGAAAGCUCAAUAGCUGAGGAGUUCUCUGGUCCAAUAACUGAUGAUGCUGCCCUGGAUAUGAUUAUCAGGUCUGCUGCUUCUGCAGUUGAAUCAUUUAAUUUUGGAGAUGAAGAAGAGUCAGAAGAUGAUAUAUUCAGCCAGAAAAACGUUUCCAAUGUGGAUGAUACACCUAGAGCAGUAGAAGAUAUUCCAAGAGAUGAUGAUGUGGUGGUUGCUACUGGUGGUUUAGAAACUGUUGUUGAAAAGAUUACUGAUAACUUCACAAAGAGCUUGGUGGACAGUUCUAAAGAAAAGAUUGCAGAUGUUUUAAAUUAUGAAAAUGAAAAGUAUGAAGAUGAAGAGAAUGAAGGUCAUAAAUUUGAUGUAUUUUCUGAAGCUAAAGAGGAAUUUGAGGAAGAAAUGGAAUUAGAACUUGAAAAAACAGCUGAUCAAAAAUCAGAGAUUUUAAUGCAGAAUCUUAUUGGAGAUGCAAUAGGAACAAUGAUUGCUAUUCGAAGAAAAAGAGAUAAUAAAUUAAUUGAACAUUCAGUUUCAGAAUUUCUGAAAAAAGAUGUCAUUAUUGAUAAAAGUGUAGAAGCUGCAAAUCAGAUUGAUGUGAAAGCAGAUGAGCUCCCAAAGGAAGAAGAAGAGAUUGAACAACUGGAAAAUCAAGGAACACAAAUUAAGAAAGAUCAUUUAGAAAAAGGUGAUUUAAAUGUCCUUGAGCAAGAGGAUUCAGAAGAACACACAAAUAAUAAAGAACCUGUGAAAGAUGAAGUUAGCAGUAUAAUUGCACUUCCACCAUUGUCACCAACAAAGUCACUAACAUCAGAUCAUAAGGAUGUUGAUCAUGACGUCUUUGCACCACCAGAUUCUCCGAAGAUUGAUGACUCUCGCAGCAGCAGUCCAGACAUCAGUGAUAGAAUGGAGCAAAUGCAACUUUUGGAUCAGCAACUAAUGGAUAGAGACAUCUUUGGUGAACAAGAAUGGUUUGAUGACGAUUUCAGUUCGAUGCCAAAAACAAAGUCACUUGUUGAAGUUCCAAAACGCAAUAAGGAUGACCAGAAGAAACAAGAACCCAGCUCUACUAUCGAGCUAAGUAAGUUAAAAGAAAUUCAAAAAAUCACGGAGGAACUAUUUUUUGCUGUACCACACAACAAAGACGAUGUUGGGAAGAUGGUCUCAAAAAGUCUUGAUGAACUUAUCCAAAGAAGAGCUCUUAAUGAGUCUCUUGAUAAUGCCACUCCUUCAGCAACAUUAUUGGGAGAUGACACUAAAGACAGUGAUAUUGAAAGUGUAAGCAAGAAAUCUUACAAGACUCUUGUAUUUGAUUUGUCGAAUGAAGUUUAUAAAGAUGUUCUGUCUGAACAGAAAUCUGUAGAACACCCUCCAUGGAUAAAACAAAAGAGGCGACCAAGAAAGUACAUUAUAGAUAAAGGAUCUACUAAGGAUGAAGAUUGGGCAGACAUGAUACAUGACCAUGUUGGGCUUUUACUAGGUCUUAAGAAAAAAAAGAAAUCUGAGACAUUUUCAUUGAAAUACAGUAAAAAGAAGAAAGAUCACGUAGAUGAAAUUCUAAUUCAGGAAUUGAGAGAAGAAGAACCAGAAUGGGUAAACUAUGAUGAUGAUGAAGUUACCGUUAAAAUGCAGUUGGCAGAUGGCAUUAUGGAAUCACUUCUGACAGAAACUGCCAUGGUAUUAACGCAUAUAAAUGACAAACGCAAAUUGAGGGAGCAGCAGUCAUGACAGAGAAACAAUUUGCUGUGAUCAGUCGGGAAUGAGCAUUAAGUAGAGACUAAACUCAUCUCCAGAUUCCAUGGUGCUUCUAAUUUUAUUAUUCUUCCAAAUACUUCCAGAUUAUUUAACCAUCUUCUAGCAAUUGCUAACACUCAUCUGACAACUUCAAGGAGCAAGAACAUUAUCAAAAAUUCCAUUACUUACUUACUUAAUUACUGAGUAACAGGAUUACCGUCACUCUUGUGUAGAAGUGUUUGAUUUAAUUGAUAAUUAUGCAAUUUUUUCUUAGCGCUUACUUCAAAAGGUGCAGUCAAUAUAUUUUGUUGUUAUGCAGUAAGACCGUUAAACAUUAAGCUGUCAAUAACAAGUACCUAAACCAGUUGUAAAGCCAUGUGUGCAUAUAGAUUUUUAGUAUAUUAGUCAUUUAAACAGUAGUACACAUACAUGUUCGAUUAAGUAAUGAAGAUGAUAUGGAAGUGAACUAUAGAGGGGGUGUUUUAUGAGUAUGGUGCUAAUAUGUUCACAUUCCAGUGGUUGUAAGUAGGUAGGGUGUGCAAUUUAAAAUUUAAGUGUAAUUACUAAAGUGUUUGGAAGAGAUUGUAGUAGUAUGUGCUUAUUGCUAUUUCAGAACCAACUAAAAACAAAAGUAAUUUUGAAUCUACAGGGUAUAGGGUGGUUAAUACGUAAUAAUAAAAUGUUUAUUAGCCAUUUCAAGUUGCCAGUGAUUUUGCAAAAGCCUAUCUUUAAUCGUAUAAUCUAUCAAACAUUGCCUGUGAAGGAAUCUUUACAGGUCUGGCUUGUUGAGAUUGCUCGUUCUAAUAUAGAUGGUGUUUUUCAGCAAAGCUUGCUGUUUUUGGCUACAUAGAAUGUCCGCCGAAUGGGUAUAAAAAUGUUCACCUAAUUCACCAGGGUUUCAAUUUAAAAAGCAACUAACUCUAUCAGAUUUCAAGACAGCAGUCAUAGAUCUAUACAAAA